UCAAACGAGAGACACAAGGCGAAAUAGCUCUUGUACUGAGCAUUUUGCGUUGUAAAAAGUAAGUUAAAAUUACCAAAAUGGCGUCGAAGAAAAACGGUACGAAUGUGGAUAUUAGGAUACAAUAGGGAUAUUAUGCCACAUACAAGGAUAUUUUCCAGUUAUGUUCAAUAUUACCACAAGUUUUAUCUCAAACAAUGGCGCGAAAGAGAAAGGUGCAAAACAUAAACAUGUAGUUGAAUUUUGUACUAUUCAUGGUAUAUUUAUUGAAAAAAAAUAAUGAGCAGUUCACCAUUGAAUUCCUGCAAUAGUGAAAGUGACAUUCAACCAUUAAUAAGAAAGCUAGGUCAUUCUGUUGAAGAGAUUCGACUACGAGCUUUACAAAGCAUCAAGUUCAAGCUUGAACAUGAUUUGAUUUCCGUUUCGGACAUAGUCCAUAAAAAGGAACUGUUUGUAAAGCUACUUGAAUGGUUCAACUUUGAAACUUUCAUGCCAAAGGAUGCUCUUCAAUUACUUGAUAAGCUUUCGAAGCACAGUUCAGGUUUGGAGACUCUUAUUAAUCUAGGUGCCGUGGAUUUUUUAUCCCAUCUAAGGCGAGAUAUUGAUCCAUCAUUAUAUCAGCAUAUUGAUUGUGUUGUUUCCAACUUACUGAGUCUUCCAGAGACAAUUGACAAUCAUAUGGAGCAUCUUCAUUAUGAAAAGCAAAUAAUUAAUCGGAAUAUUGUAACACAGAAUGAAGUAGCUCAGCUCACAGAAGUUGAAAAUGAUAAGACAAUACAUUUGGACAAUAUUAAAAAGAAAAAUCCACUUCAUAAUGGCUGCUCAGACGAAGAUGUCAAACCAAAUCAAUGGCAUUUUCCAUGGAUCUCAAUUGUUGACAGCGACAUGCAUGUGUUGGGUACAACAAACUCACGACUUGAGAGCAAUAAUCCAGAGUUAGCCAGGAAAUCUUGUGAAUUUCUCAACGAUGUACUUUUUAAAGAUUUUCCAGCUGAGAUUUUUCUACAACAACCUAAUAUUGUUAAGACAUUAUUUAGUCUGGUGCACUUCAAAGGAGAAUGUGAUCUUGCUAGCUCUGCUAUUUUAUGUUUGUCAUCGUUAUGUCUUCAUGUACAACAUCGUUAUUUUAUGGCAACGGAUCCUUUGUGGUACAGCCUUGAUCCUAAUUGCUGGAAAUAUUGGAUAAGAUCCACAUCUGUUUCAUCUAGUUAUUCACCAACCAGUGAAAUGUCAGAUCUUAUUGGAGAGUCACCUAGUAGAGGUGGUAUAUUGAGGAAUCGUGGAAGUGACCUUCUUGAUGAUGGUUUCAUGAGAGAGGCUUUUGAAUCUUGUCAACUGCCAAUUGAUGAAUUUUGUUUGCAAGUGUUGCAGGCUUGUUGUUCGUUGUUGCAAGAUGUUGCAGAUUUGUUGCCAGUGUUUGAAGCUCUGCAGCAUGCUUUGGAUUUAUUAGACAUAUGUUACCCUCAACGUCUCUGGUGGAUGAAUCAAAAAACGAAAUCACUGCGUGAUGAAAUCUUCACUUUGGUUUGUCGGGCGAUACGGUAUCACGUGACUAAAUGUGGUUUUCAAACAUGUGACAAUGUUCAAGAACACAAUGCUCCACGACACAUGAAUAUUUUGUUGUUUCUCGCUCUUUGGUUAAUGAGAUACUGUGGAUAUUUUCUCCUUCAAGAUCUUACUCUUGCUAGUGAUGAUGAUGAUAAUGAUGAAGAUAUUUAUGAAGCAUUAAAAUGGCUUUAUCAAACGAGAUCCUGUUCACAUGAUAAAAGCAAUCAAGACUCGUUAAUCAUAAAGUUAACUUCGUGUUUAUCAGCUCUACCGUAUCUACGUCAUGAAGAACUUGUACAGAACGCCAUAACGUUAAUAAGCAACGUUAAUCAACAUGCUUCUGUCGCUUCUAAGGAUAUAACAUUAAAAUCCAAAGAUAUUCUACUUUAUCUGCUUUCCUGUACGGAUGAUGUCAUCCGACUACUGACCUAUAAAUGCUGCUGCGAAGUACUGGGACGAGCAUUAAAAGAUAGUCAUGUGACCAAUCCAAUGUCCAAGCGUUAUAUGAAAGCUCAUUUUAUGAUAGAUCGUGACGUCAUUUAUGUCCUGGCCGCUUUCGGUCUGUGUGAUGCAAAUAAAGAGGUUGCGAGCUUAGCCAUGAAUAUUUUGGAAACUCUUUUGCACAGCCGUCUGAAUAUGGACACGACGACGUGGCGAAAACUCAUAAAUGAUAUUAUAACAUUACUACCUUACAUUCAAAUGCACAUGACAAAAAAAUCUCGACUUGGUGUAUCUUUACUUGGUCUACUUUCUCCCCGGGACAAUCAUUGUUCUCUUACUGCCGAUGGUGAAAUUGUACCGUUUUCACAGUUGGAACGCUUAAGAGGCUGGUUACGUUGCAUGUUCAUGAAAGAUAAAGGCUUUCGAGCAAAAGGUUACGGAUAUUUAAUUGAAAAUCUUGUCGAGGAGGAUCUUCAUAUGAAAUGUGAAAUGGUUUACCCAAGUGGCACUCUUGAAAAUAGCUGUGAACUAUUUAUGAUCGACACCUUUUCUUUCUCAAAAUUACAUCGCUCAUGCAAGCACGAUCAGUUUGAUGAUGAACGCAUUUUGAAGUUGUUUAAUAUUCUUAUCAUGGAAACAAACGAGUUAUCUUUACGUAGGUCGUCUGCUGAGCAACUUGCCGUCUUGCUUCAAGAUCCUACUUGGCAUAAGGUUUUACUGGAUGAAAAGGCAGAAGAUUAUCUUAUUAAACUCUUGCGUGAUUCUUUGUAUCGAGACGGAAAGGUUCACUUAAGUUCAUUCGUAAAUCCUAAAUUGGAAAUUGUUUUCCCUUGCUUGAAAAUUAUUCGUCUUCUUACGGAGUACAAUGUUCGAUGUCGGCACAAAUUGGCACAAGAUGCAUCCUUAUACCGUUUAUUAUCUCGUCAUGCAUUGAUUGCGUCUGCAGGUAGUACUGUAAGAUAUGAAGUAUCGUGUUUGUUGUCUCUGCUGCUGUUCGAUGAGAUUGCUCGCUCACCUAUGUUGGAAGAACGAGAAGAAAACACUGGGGAUAUAUCGUUUGCUUUGCCAGCUGAAAUUUUGAAAAGAUACACCUUCCCGUUCAACCCUCCAAUCUACAAGUUAAUUAAUCCGCAUGAACGCGAUCAACCUCCACAGGAUGAUCUCCUCAGAGCUGAUCCUCUAAUGUCGAUGCUAAGAAUGACCUGGAAUAUUGCCUGGCGUAAUGAUAAAGAAGAUCUUCCAUGGACAAGUUGCGAUACUGACGAACAGAAAUGGUCAUCUUUGGAUUUGAAAUUUUUUGCAUGUUGCUCAGUUCAAAUCUCCAUGACGAAGUCGUUGAAAUCAAUCAUAGAAGCUUCUUCACAUAACGCCGUCAGACUUGCAGUCAUGUCACUCUCGUUGCAUUUCAUUGGAGAAAGUAAUUUAUCAUUGACUAGUCAUGACGUAGCAACAACAUCUUUGGUAAUGGCGCGAGAAAUGUUCUACGCUUGUGACUGGAGAAUGGCAUUUCAAAGAUAUGUUACUGUGUUUCCCAAGUGUUCUGAUGAUGAUCGCCUACUGAAUGAUGUGUUUAAGUUGUUUACAAACAUACUGAGAAGAUCGAUAACGCCUGAUGAAGAAUUUCUUGGAUGGCUAGCUGAUGUGAUCAUGACACCAGACAGUGCUAUGACGUCUCUUAUUUAUGUCCUGGAGGAACCUGAAACUGACAAUACUGCAAGUGAAUCAAAGAGGAGGCUUCGAAAAGAUUUCCUUGAAUUUGUGAGAAUAUUUGCUCAAAAAUUGCGCACUGUAAGCAAACCGUGGCUGUGGUCUGGAAAGACCAUUUACGCAGGUGACUUCGUAAGCAGUCUAACCCUAAACCUCAGCCUGAGUGACAGCCCGCAGUAUUACGAUUUACCUGUGUUGGAGACAACAUUGGAAUGUUUGGUAGAGAUAACAGCCAUACCAGGUUUCAGCAUCGUUUCUAAACUUGUUGAUCCUAAAGAACUUUGUGCUAAUCUUAUUACUAGCUUACUCCAGGUAUUGGUUGCCUUCAAUGCGGGUCGUCUAGGUGCAACGAGGUCAUUCAUGGGUCGUGGAGUCAGUAUGUCUGCUGGUCUUUGUCUCACUCAUCUCAUACAUGAAGUAAAGCAAAUGUUGAAGAUUGAGGAUUGGACAUCGUUUUUGAGAACAUUUCAGCAGAGAAGAAGGAGUCAGAUUUUCCAUGGUUAUCGACUAUGUGAAGUUGCUGGUGGCCUAUGGAAUGUUGCUCUUAUCAUUGCCAUGGAUGGGAAAGAGUGUUGUUUGGUUCGUGAUCAGGCUUUAGCUAUGUUUUCAGCUUUGAUUGCAUCGUUAAAAAGUAAACAUGGAACAGAUAGUGGCCUCGUCGUAGAGACUGACUCGGAAACACUCAGUGGCAUUCAGGCUCUUCACGUGUUGCUUGAUCAUCACAAUUUUUAUUCCAGUCUUCAUUCAAUCUUACAUAAUUUGGUUAUAAAGAACACACCACGUCUGCCAGGUGUUGCUUUAUUUAACGAGACCUUGACUAAUCGAAGUAGUGAAAGUCAUCAUACUCUACGGAUGAUUCCGGUAAACGAUUACUUCGGCACACGUCGAAAAGAUCGAGCGACGAGGUCAAUCAUGGCUUCAUCUCGUUCAUCUUCAGCCAUGCAGUCAAUCACAGAAAAUGAAAAGCCACCAGUGAUUAUUGGCAAUGGAAAUCGUUCAUCACCAGUCACAUCCGAGUAUUUAGAGACUCAAGCAUGUGUCACUCCACGUUUUGUGGCUACCUUGAUUGGCAUGUUAACCAACUUGGUACAACUCUCGUCUGAAAUUGUGUUACGUAAACUGCAAGAAGAAGAUCUGCUUGGAUUGAUUGUGAGCCAUUUAGAUAGCAGUUACGCUACUUCAUUGCUAUAUGAUCUCAGGGCUGACAACGUAAAGUUUUCUCGUUUAUGUUUUGUUUCUUCACAACAACAUCACUUGAGGUUAUCGCUAAUGGACACAUUCGAUAUGCAUCGUAAAAUAUGCACAUUGUUGAACAUCUGUACGGGAAAUAAUCAUACAAUUACACGUACUUUACAGCAGAAAAAUGUUGUUGAGAAAUUGCUAGUGCUCUUUGAUAUUUGCUGUUCAGAUUUAGAUGAUGAUGUUAGAAAGUGUUGUCAUAAAAUGUGGGGAAGUAUAGUGGUCCUAUUAAUGACCUUGUUGAAAACAUUUAAAGAUUUUACUAUUUUGGAGACAAAUUUCGAAGAGAUGAUGUUGAAAUAUUGGAAAUCAUUCACAGUUGCUUUUAAUGACGUUAUGUUAUGUGACACAAUAGUAGUUGGUGAACAGUUUCUCCGUUUACUAUCUUACUUGUUUCUACGCGAAGGAAAGCGUAUUUUAUCAAAGAGUAAGAUUACACAUAAACUUACAAGUUUGCUCGAAAGAGAAUCAUUAAGAACCAAUGAUAACGAUCUUCAAACUGGUGAUGAAUUCGAAGGAAAUGGAACUGACCUUGCUGUCAUUCUUCACAAAUUAUAUGAAAACAGCAAAGUGCCAAACAAAGAAGCUUUUUUUACUAAAAGGAAACUUGUGUCGGAAUCCUUAAGGCAUUUGUUGUGUGUCAGUUUUAAAGCAAAAGAAACUGUAAUAAAAGCUGGGUUCAUUGAAAAGUCAUUGAACGAUAUGAAGCGCAUACUUUGCCAACUCAACAUGGAAAAUUUGACCGUUGGCAAGUCCGAAAUAAAGCGAAAAAAGGAAAUAGAUCUUCAUCAUGAACUUGUUCAAGUUUUGGAGCUGAUGAGAAAUCUCGUUUUCAGAUCACCUGAAACAAAGCUUAAAGCAGUCAAUGCUGGCCUUCUAAUUGUUCUACAAAAUCUUUGGUCUUGGUGCAUGGUAGUCAAAACUAUCUUACUUGCUGUCCUGGAAUUGUUAUGUACACUUUCGGCACGAUGUCCUCAUGUUUCGAUAAACAUGUCAAACACAUCGUCCUUAAUGAGCACAUCAUCGAACAACACAUUUGUUCAUUGCAUCAUCAAACUGGCUGUCAAAUUUCAUGGAAAGAUUUUGAAUAGCUCUUCAUUGCAUGACACGCAUACGUCAUGCUUUCUGACGUUCUCGUUAUUGAAGAAUCUAGCCAUGACGUCAGAAUGCCGUGGUAUAAUGCUUAAGAGUAAUUUCCUGGUAGAAUUUCCUCGUCUCAGCUGCCUGAGUCAUCAGAAGUCAAAAAGUGGCCAGAAGUCUCUGAUCGUAUUAUGGUUACAAUUACUUACUAACAUCACGUUCUUUCGUGACGGUCAACAAAUGGUCACAAAGAUUAAGAAUGUCAUUCCUCUUUUGCUCGAGUAUUGUGGUAACAACAACAGCAAGAUUAGUGGAAAUGCUCUUUCAUUGCUGAGAAAUUUGUGUUUUCACAUACCCUGUAAAUCGCUGCUUCUUUCAAACAAUGAUCUGGUAGAAAUUCUUCUCAAGAAUGUUGAAAAAGAAAAUGUCUUUGCUAGGUGUCUAGCGACAUCCGCUCUUUGGGCAUUGAUCAUCAACAAUCAAAAAGCGAAAAGUAUAUUGGAGAAGCCAGCUUUGAUGGCUAAACGAUUGUCAGACUCCAGGUAUUCGCUAGAAACGAACAUCAAAGUAACCACACAGGAUAACAAAGAAGAAGAACAGAGAAUGCAAUAUGAAACAGCCACAAAUAAUAUUUUGAAAAUAUUGGGUUAUUAAAUGCAUAUGAAUCCGUU